AUGCAGGGAACUGAAGAGGAAGAGAAGAAGAUUGAUAGAAUGGAUGAUCCUCAGAACGAGACCAGCGACCAGGAUUUGAUCGUGAAGGUGGAGAUUCCGGUAGAUGAGCCGCCGAGUACUCCACGUGAAAUUGCAUGCGGCCACGCAUGUGGUCAUCAACACGGGCUUACAAGGCAGCAGAGCAUGUCUAGGGCGACGCCGAGUGCUAACUGCCUUUGCUCCCCAACCACUCACGUUGGUUCAUUCCGGUGCAGGCUCCACCGUUCUCCCAGCCUCAAUAAGUCUGCGAGUUUCAAAACGCCGAGCCUCCAGAGGACAAGGAGCAGCCUGGAAUAUGGAUCAUCAUCGCCGCGCCCAGGUAGAAUGGAGGCCACAUCCAAGCCGGCUGCAAGCUAG